AUGAGGAGCCCAAUGGGCAUCAUUUUCUGCUUGGAGACGUCAGAAAAGCACCGAGAGUGUCUAAAGAAGCAAAGGGAAGCAGUGAAAUAUAGACUGAAAAAACUGGCAGCGCGGCAAUCAGAAAUCGCAAAAAAGUCCUCAUUGAUAAGAGAAAGCAUCAUACAGAAGUAUCAAGAGAUCCAGGCCGUCCUUGAUGAGGACUUGAGGAUUACUCUUUCCCACCUGGAGAUGGAGGAGAGGGCUGCUGUCUCUGCCCUGGAUGGGCUGAUGGAAAAGAACUGUUCUCUAAUCCAGGAGAUUGAGCAGGACCUGGCCAGACUCACUGUGACACUGGACCCGACCAACACAGAAAAUGACACAAUGAAUGAAGAAGUGGAGCAACAAGUGGUGGAUUUGUUGAACAGGACAGACCCGAUCAGUGUGAGCCUGGAUGAAGUCAAAGCUGACCAGAUCCUUCGACUCACCAACAACAUGCUUCUGCUUAUCUGCUCACAGACCCCAAUAAUCAAGAAUCUCAUCAAGAGUUAUUCCAGUGAGGUGUGUCUGGAUCCAGAGACAGCCCACCCAAAACUGAUAAUCUCCGCAAACGGUGACAGUGCCACCUACACAGACACCUGGCAGCAACUUCCUGACCUUCCCGGACGCUUUGACACCACCCUCAAUGUCAUCAGUUUGCAAAGCUACAGCUUUGGUCGCCACUACUGGGAGAUUGAUGUGACUGAGAAAACUUACUGGGAGCUGGGUGUCACCUAUCCCACCAUAUCCCGCAAGGGCACCACUGAGGACUGCUGGCUGGGCCGGGGGGAAGAGUCCUGGUGUGUGGAGUUCUUUGAUGGGGAGUAUACAGCUUGGCAUGGAGGGGUGCCCCAUCAGCUGCCUUUCACAAAGCAAUUCUGUCAGAUAGGUGUCUUGUGUAAUUUCCCUGCAGGAUUGGUGACGUUUCUCGAGGCAGACAAUAUGACACCACUGUACUGCUUUUGUGCAGGUACCUUUUCGGACUGCCUCCACCUGGCCCUGUGUCCUGGCCAUGACCACAAUGGCACAAAUUCUAAGCCUAUCGUAAUCUGUAAUACAACAUCUACUACCAGUGAUCUUGAAUUAGUAGCUCCUCAGAAAAGCAUUUAGUAGUGCCUUCCUGAGGCAGCACUUUCUAAUAAUGCACCAUUUCUAAAAGUUUAUAAGUUGCAACAAUUGCUCAGCAUGCUAACAUGCACACAUGAUGUUAAACAAGUUUGAUGCUUUAACCUGACUGACGUACUAGGACUAGUCAGGGAAUUACAGUUCACCCUCUGGGCACCAUUAAUAUCUAUACAGAUUUCAUGACAAUCAAUACAUAGUUGUUGCAAUGUUUCUCUAGAGGCCUCAAAUCAUCAACCUCAUGCAAGCACAACAAGAAAAUUCAGGGUAUCACCAAAGUCAAGUGGAUUCAUCUGGAGACCUUUAAUAGCUGUACAAAAUGAAUUAAUAGCAAUAUAUCCAAUAUUUCAGUCUGGACCAAAGUGGUGGACAAACUCUCAUACAACGGACCAACAUUGCUAUGGCUAAAAAUCUAAUGAUUUAUAGAUCAGUUAGAAUCAAAGGAACAAUGAAUAGACUAUGAAACACUUAUUUGACUGAUGUUUAUCUGUUCUAUUUUGUAAUAAUACAACUGAUAAACAUUAAAUUAAUGCUGAUGGCUUUCUCACUUUAUAACAAUCCACCCCGCCUACAGUCCACUAAGUCUGUUAUGUAAUCGAGAUCAAGGUCCAGGAGUGUGUCCAGUCCACGAGUGUCUUCCCUCAUGAGUAAAAGAGUGUCAUGCUGAAGGAGCAUGAACAUAAUAUAUAUAGCAUUAGGUCUACUAUAUUAACCAUUAAUGAAUCCGUUAGUUACAACUAAUAAUUAAUAUAAAGGGUGCCUUAUUCGAUACAGGUACCCUUGCUAAUACUGGAAUUGCUCUUCUUUGAAAUGAUUAAGGUUUAUAGUAAAGUACAAAGAAUCAUGUUUAAGGAGAAAGCUAGCCAUUUCUUUUAGUGCCCGUAUGUAUGAGUGUGUGUUGAACUUUCAAAUGAAUGUACAGAAAUAUUAGAAGCAG